GUUCCAUGUCUCCUACGCAAGCACUCUUAUGAUCCAAGGGCUUAUAAGAGGAUGAAGAGGAAAGAACCUUGUGAACCGGGGAUACCAAGACCUCAAAACUCCGAGUGACAGGUCUUACCCACUGGACCUAUCCAGUGCAUAACCGUGGGGCAAACUGCAUAAUCAUUGCAUCGGACGAAGCCCUUCUUCACCAAGCAUCACGUGAUGUACUACACCCGUUCCGGAAACGGGCCCUGGACGAUCCAUGAGGAUCCCGUCGGCGGCGGUGCUCAUCAUGACUCUUCGCUCCGCCUCGGCGCGGAAUAAAUACCCUCUCUCCUCCUCCUAGGUCAAUUCUUUCCCCAUCCUUAGGAGAAGAUACCCCAGUGGCUCUAAGACACCAUGUAUCACUAUCAGAACCGUCCUCCAUAUCCUCCGCCCCAGGGCCCCCCGCAGGGCUACAAUCAACAGCCCAAUCCACAACCCCUUCCUUACCCACAGCAACACUACAUGCCCUCUCACAAUCCUCCAAACCAGCCCGGAUAUCCUCCCUAUGGCGCUCCGAAUCAACAUCAGCCCCCGUACCCCCCGCAAGGCACCCCUCCCGCACAACAAGGGUUCUACCAAAGGCCUCCACAAGGCUAUCCGCAAGGACCGCCUCCCCCAACCUCCCCUCAUGGCCCCCCACAAGGCUUCCCUUAUUCCCCAGACUCCUUUGGCACACCUGCUCCUCCAUUUCCCCCGCAGCCCCAAUUCCAGGCCCCCCCGCCCGCAUCCGUGCCCUCCAUGGGCUACGUCCGGGGCCAACAAGCCAACGGGGACUUCCGACCCCAAGCCGACCAGCUCCGUCGCGCAAUGAAAGGGUUCGGGACAGACGAGAAAGCCCUCAUCCAGGUCCUUGCCAAACUGAGCCCCCUCGAGAUGGCCGCCGUGCGAUCCACCUACACCCACCACAUCCGCCGCGACCUCUACAAGGACGUCAAAUCCGAAACCAGCGGCUACUUCCGUCGAGGCCUCCUCGCCAUCAUCGACGGCCCCUUACAAUACGACGUGGCCUGCGUCCGCGAGGCCGUCGACGGCAUCGGCACCAAGGAAUGGCUCCUCAACGACAUCCUCCUCUCCCGCUCCAACGCCGAUCUCGACAUCAUCAAAACCACCUACCAACAAACCUACAAACGCUCCCUCCCCAAAGACGUCGAAGACGACCUCUCCUUCAAAACCAUGAGCCUCUUCUCCAUGAUCCUCCGCGCCACCCGCCACGAAGAAUCCGCCCCCCUAGACCCCCAACUCAUCGAAGCGGAAGCCAAAUCCCUCCACAGCGCCACCGCCGCCCGCAUCGUCAACAACGUCGAAGAAGUCUGCGGCAUCUUCGCCCGGGCCUCCGACCACGAACUCCGCGCCAUCAACCAAGCCUUCCAACACCGAUACAACAUCCACCUCACCAAACACAUCGAAAAGGAAUUCUCGGGCCACAUGAAAGACGCCCUCCUCCACAUGCUCGGCGUCGCCCUCGACCCCGCCAUGUACGACGCCGAACAACUCGAAGAAUGCAUGAAAGGCAUGGGCACCAAGGACGAGAAACUCACCACCCGAGUCGUCCGUCUCCAUUGGAACCCGAACCACAUGGACCAGGUGAAACGGGCGUAUCGUCAUCGCUACCAGAAGGAUCUCAUCGAGAGGGUGAAGGGCGAGACGAGUGGGGAUUAUCAGCGACUCAUGGUGGCUUUGUUGCAGUAGUCCGACCCCUCUCUUCUUCUCGUCAUCAAUUCCUUAUCGUCUUUAUUCGCUACGCUUCAUGAAGGGAACGACCACGACUUACGACUGGAUACGCUAACGGUAACGGUGUACGGUGCACGGAAUGUACAACAUGGGCCACGCACGAUAGAUUAGGAUGGCGGUUAGUUUGCUUUCUACCUUUAGUAUCUCUAUCUUGGGAGUGUGCUCUAUUCUUAAUGCAGACUAGUUGUCUUUCGUUUGCUACGAAUUAGGUUGUUAGUCAGUCACAGUAACUACUCGAGGAUUAAUCAGAUUCUUUGACAACUUUCCU